AUGCUUCUCGCUACGACAGCCAUCGCGAUCGUAUCGUGUGCAUUGACGCUCGCUGCACCUACGUCGUCGGACAUCCGUGCCGUCAAGAACCCGCCCUGUGCCUAUAACGACGUUGCCCACCUUCGUAUCACAGACAGUAGAAAACCGCUGGAUGUGGACAUCACAUGGUGCAGUGCUUGGGCUCCUUCUCCGCUGGGCAAUAUCCACAACUUUGGUGCAUCGACGCCCAAGACGACGUUCAAGUUCGACGACGGCGGAGCGCCUUUACCCGGCGGGGAAACUUUCGAGACGUAUGCUGUCCAGGGAGAAAGCGCGCCGAAUCAUCCGUUCUGGUUCCUGAUCUCCUACAUCCUCAAGGGUCGGGCGGUCAAGGCUGUCAAUCUACGUGUCUUCCAGCCUGACGGAACUCUCACGGGGGUCAGUUAUACGUUCACGCUCGGCGGAGUCGUACAAUCGCACUAUAAGCAACCCUAG